AUGUUCGAGCUCGAAGACGAUGUCGCAUCUGGGCGCGAAAAAUGCUACACCACUAUAGCCCAGUUACCUACCUUCAUCGACCCUAAACAAACUCCCACAAAAGGCUCUCCAUUUUCAACGAUUUUGAACCAUCCGUUUGUACAUACAGUCGAAGUAACACUGCCAAGAGACGUCUACGCAACAAUUGAGAGCUCAUUAGACGCGAAACUGCAGAAGCUCAGCUAUGGUCGGCUUUCUAUGACUUUGUCCUCUGUGGUCGAAGGAGACUUUUUCAACACCUAUAUUAAAGCGGGAAACAUACUUAUGAUAUCUGGGGGACGGUCAGGCCUCGAUAACGUCUACACUCUAAGGGAUGGUGUCUUGAGACUGGAGCUUGGGAAGGAAGAUUUCGAGAGAACCGGUCUCGAAGGAAAAGCUAUCCGCACUGGUGGAAAGAAACAUGCCAAGGAAAGAUACCUUGUCGAGCUCAACUUACGACUACCGUCCAUGCUGCACGGCAAGAAGGGCUUUCAAAGGAUAGAGUGGGCAUUUAAAAAUGUCCUAACUCAGCGCGUUGCGUGGCUAUUCUUUGACCUAGGCACUGAAUCAGCCGGUGUAUCAGAAGACGAUCUAUCUCUCAAGGGUAACAGCCCUGAAAUCAUCUCCUGCGAGCCAAUCCGCACAACGCAUGAAAAUAUCUCUACCCCGUCGUUCUCAGAAUUGCAAGUCAGCGAGAAAGCUUCUGAAGAAAUGGAAAACCUAUGCGGUGAAAUCUCCGAGUGGCUAUCCUUGGUGUCCCUCGAAUCCCAAAGAGUGUCUGCAGACGAUGAUAUCGACCCGUAUCUGUGCCGCUACGAUGCGCCAGAGAUAGGUCAAACCAAGGAAUCAGACCUUGUUACACUGAAAUGGCACGGAUUCAUCCCACCAAGAUGGAUCAUGCAGUUGUUUAUCACAUUCUUCCGCGAAACAGUCCCUCGGAUCGUCGGGCCGCAGACUUGGUUCGCCCUUUCAGCCAGUGCGCUAGGGAAAGACGCCAUAGAGGGCAAGGAUGGGUACUCGAUUAUGGCAUUACCGCCUCUCAGAUAUGCGGGUGCCGAAACUAGUAAUCAGGCAGACCAGAAUGGUGGAGCCAAGGACGCUCGUUAUUCCAUCUGUUGGGAGUUCGUUGGUGCUUCGGUGUUAUAG